AUGAAGAAUUAUACAUUUGAGUACAAAUAUUCCCAAGAAGGAGACGUCAUAAUAGGAGGAAUAUUUGCUGUUCAUUCCGGAGUGUCAUGGUGGCACUAUGUUGGAAGCCAAUUCUGCGACUUCAUGUGUUCAGCAGUUAACUACAGAGAAUACAGACAUCUCCUGGCUUUUAUCUUUGCUAUUGAUGAGAUAAACAGCAGUCCAGAUAUUCUGCCCAAUGUGACUCUGGGAUAUCAUGUGUAUGAUUCUUGUGGAAAUGUGAAUAAAGCCACAAAAGAUGUUCUGCAGAUCUUGUCUGGACAUUCCAAGACAGUGCCAAAUUAUUCCUGCAUGGUGCGGGGUACAGUGGCUGGUUUCAUCGGAGACCUCAAAUCAGAUACCACUCUCCAAAUGGCUCAGCUUUUACAUCUAUAUGGAUACGCCCAGAUUAGUUAUGGAGCUAGAGAUGCUUUAAUAAGUGACAGAAAUAUGUUUCCAAACCUUUUCCGGACAGUUCCAGAUAAUGAGAUGCAAUAUGUGGCCAUAGUGAAGUUACUGAAAAGGUUGAAGUGGAACUGGGUUGGAAUCAUUACAUCUGAUGAUGAAUAUGGAGAGAGGGAGAUCCGACAACUCAGCGAACAGUUAACUAAUCAUGGAAUUUGUAUUGAAUUUAAGAUCAUGGUAUCUGUUAAGAAUUAUAGGAAAAUCCCUCUAGAUCUUCAGACAUCAACUACUGAAGUUCUUAUUAUUUGUGGCUCAAUUAGCAGAACCUAUUAUACGUUUCUGUUGUGUAACGUUCCUUAUCACAGGGAUAAAACAUUUAUCAUUCCUGAUUCUUGGUCAAUGGAUGACGAUUUUUUUUUUAUCAGUAACUGCAGUUUGGUGUUUUCAAGUCCUGAUCCCUCUAUAGCAAGAAUGGAGGAAUAUUUUGAUAGCAUUACCCCCUCAAGCCGCCCAGAUGACCCAAUGCAGGAGGAUAUUCUCAUAACUCAAUGCCGCUGCUUUUCAAAAAAUCCAGAGAAGAACUUUAUGAUUCCAUUCACAUUUUACUAUCCUGCCCCAAGAGGUCGAUGUUCUGCAGAAUGUCUUCCAGGGUUUAGAAAAGCUCUAAGGGAAGGGUAUCACGUAUGUUGUUAUGACUGUUUCCCAUGUUCAGAGGGAGAAAUAUCAAUCCAUUCUGAUAGUGAAAACUGCCAGAUGUGUCCUGAAGAUCAAUGGCCUAAUGAGGCUAGAAAUAUUUGUGUUGCCAAACUUUAUGAGUAUUUGUCAUAUGAGAAGGACAUUGUGGUUGUAUUUUUUUCUGCAUCUUCGGUCGUAUCUUCCACUAAAUCUCUCUGUAUACUUGGAAUAUUUUUUUGGUUUCGGAACACUCCCAUAGUCAGAGCCAAUAACAGGAACCUCAGCUUCAUUCUGCUCUUCUCUCUCAUGCUGAGUUUCCUUUCUGUGUUCCUGUUCCUUGGACAUCCGGUGGAUAUAACUUGUAUGCUGCAACAAGUCUUCUUUGGAAUUGUCUUCACAGUCUCACUGUCUUCUAUCCUAGCCAAAACCAUCAUGGUUGUUAUUGCUUUUAAAGCCACCAGACCUGGAAGCUCCUGUAGGAAAUGGGUGGGAGUCAAACUUCCCAAUACAGUCCUGUUGUUCUGCUCAUUAAUUCAGGUUAUGAUUGGUGUUUUCUGGUUGUCCAUCUCUCCACCAUUUCAAGUGUAUGACAUGCACUCUUCUCCUGGGAAGAUCAUCAUUCAGUGUAAUGAAGGGUCAGUUAUCGGGUUCUACUCUGUGUUGGGUUAUAUGGGGCUUCUGGCAGCUGUGAGUUUUGUUCUGGCUUUCAUGGUGAGGACAUUACCAGACAGUUUUAAUGAGGCCAAGUACAUCACCUUCAGCAUGCUGGUCUUCUGCAGUGUCUGGAUUGCCAUGAUUCCGGCCUAUCUAAGUACGAGAGGAAAGUAUACAGUAGCAGUGGAGAUAUUCGCCAUACUGACUUCUAGUGCUGGAAUAUUAGUGUGUAUAUUUUUACCAAAAUUGUAUAUUCUACUUUUAAAACCUGAGCUGAACACAAGGAAAUCUGUCCUGGCAGGAAGAAUGAUAUAA